AUCAGAUAAAUUGUUUAACGAUAAUACUAUGUUCAUUCUGUAAAAGAAGAUAACUUUUAUGAUAUACUGUCCAGUAUCUAAUUCCACGAUUAUGUAUAGUGCAAUAAUUUAAUUACUAGUGAUCAAAUGUCAGUACGAAUUCAAUCGUUGUUAAUAUACAGUAUGCUUGUUUCAUUUUAUUUAUGUAAUGGAAGCUAUGCGGGAGAUACGAACGAAUUUGUUGGUACUGUGCGAAACUUGAGUGUGACAGUUUUACAAGAUCCGAAAUAUGUAGGAAAGCAAAAUGCAUAUAAAUAUUUAAGAUUGAAUAUAUCUUGGUUACCACCAGACAGCUCUAGGCAGCCUUCCUCUUACAGCGUUAUAAUCACAGGCAUACCAAUAAGGGAGAGAACAAGUAUCACAGAAUGUCCAGAAGGAUCACUUUUCUUUAUAUCGAAAGACAGUAUAAAACAUAAUGUAGUGCUUCCUGAAUACAACGAUUUAUUUGAUAUUACAGAUCUGUAUAUACAACUCAAUUGUUCUUAUAAGGUGCAAGUCCUGGCAAAUCCAAGGUCAAAAUAUAUAGUAAAUACACCUGAAGUUCUUUAUACAGUUCCUGAAUGUAUAGAUCAUUUAUGCAGUUGUGUUAAUGCCAAAACAACACUGCCGAUUCCAAAAGUAAACAUUUCUCAAAAAGAAAAUGAAAUUGUCGUAACUUGGAGCACAACUUCUAACAUAUCCAAUAUUCAGUAUUAUAUAAUUAGCAUUGGUGUACCAAUUUUUAUAUCAAAGAAAGGACUGCCUGUUUAUAAUAUGACAAAACUAGUACAAGUACCUGUAGAUAAAACUGUAUUUUCAUGGGAUUUAAAAGUCAAUAAUCAGUAUAUAGAAAUUAAAGAUGGUUAUAAAAUAGCAGUUAAUGCUGUUAAUCAUCAUGGAUGCUCUGGACUAGAGGGAGAUAUUAUUGUACAUUUCAUAUCAUCAGUAAAUCACAAUAUAUGGUUUAUACUAAUUGGAAUAUUAACCAGUUGUAUUCUAUUUGGAAUUGUAAGUUUCUUAUUAUAUCGUAACUAUAAUUUCUUUAUGGUACAUAACAGCAAUAAGUCUGGAACAUGCACAAUUUCUGAAUGUAAAUGUAAAUGGACAAAAGCAAUACUACAGAAGUUCAACGUUUUGUAUAUUAAAUACGAAUCAGAGGAAGGAUAUAUGGAAGGGACAGAUAAUUUGAAAGUGGCAUUCAAAAGUGUAAAAUUAAUACGUGAGCUGGGUACUGGUCAGUUUGGAAAAGUAUAUCUUGGUCAGUUAGAUGAUAAAAACAAUACUUCAGUUGCUGUAAAAAUGUCUCAACAAAUAGAUAUAUCCAACAAUUCUGAAACACAGCAGGAAUUUAUAAAAGAAAUUGAAAUAAUGAGAAUGGCUGGAAAUCAUCCUCAUUUAGUAAGCCUCAUAGGUUACUGCAUUAAACCUACACAACCAACAUGUAUCCUGCUUGAAUAUAUGCAAGGUGGAGAUCUAUUAACUUACUUGCAUGAUCAAAGAAAACAACAAAAGAAUGAAACAAAUAAUUACAAACCUGGACAAUAUACAAAUAUUACCAAUAAUUGUAGAGAAGAAAAUGAUGUUUCAGAAACUUUGUAUUCUAUGUGUUCUACAAUACGGAACACAAUGAAUAGUUACAAAUCUAGGCAAUAUAUGAAUAUUAUCAACAAUUGUAAAGAAGAAACAGAAUAUAGAAAAGAAAAUUGGAUUGGUAGAAUAAAAGGAUGUCAAUUUCUAAAAUUUGCCACAGAAAUUGCUAUGGGCAUGGAGCACUUGGAAGCUAAAGGAAUUACUCAUAGAGAUCUUGCAGCCAGAAAUAUUCUUCUUAGCGCAGAUUUCACUGCCAAGAUUUCCGACUUCGGGCUUUCUCGCAAUAGUGCGUACGUGAUAAAAGAUAUUAAGAAAAAAACACGUCAUCUUCCAAUUAGAUGGAUGUCUCCAGAAGCUUUGCAUAAUUUAGCCUUCUCUUCAAAAAGUGAUGUAUGGUCUUAUGGAGUGGUACUUUGGGAAAUUAGUACAUUAGGUGCGUUUCCUUAUGCAAAUGUACAAGAUGAUCGCCUAUUUCGUUAUAUUGUUCACGAGAAUGGUCGUUUAGAGCAACCAGACAAUGUUCCUUCGAACAUUUACAAAUUAAUGCAUUCUUGUUGGUCUACAGAGUGUGAGAACAGACCAAAUUUUACGCAGUUGCUCUCCGAACUACGAAUUCUAACCUCACAUUCCAACAAUUCUUUCUGGACAAUGUCUAAUCCCUGUUAUGCAUUACCAUUCUCAGACAAUAUUGCAUAACAUAAUUUGUUUUUUAAAUAUUCAAAAGUACAAAUAUUCCGAAAAAUGAAAAAUAUAUAUUUAUGUAAAAAGAAGAAAUUAAUGUUACUUACGUGUUAUUCUGUCUAUCUUAUCUAUUCAAUGUAUUCACGAGCGUCAAUACAAUCGAAAUUUCUAAACAGAACACCAGUAAACACGUUUAUGCGUUAACGUACAUCUGUUCACGGUUUUGAUAUAAAUAUUUCAUUUAUUGUAUUUUUACAACUUUACAUUACACAAGUUUGCAUAUUUAUUCGUUCAUAUCAAAACAAAUAUGAGUACAAGGAAAAUAAUAAAAAAGAAAUUUGAUUCAAUGAAUCAAAAUGAAAUUUGGAAGCAGUCUUUUUAUCAUAUACUUUUGUUUUAAAAAGACAAGCCUUUUGAUUUUAAUCUAUAGCCAACAACCAUAAACAUACAUAUACAUAUAUAAAUGUACAAUAGACCAUGGUUUUAAUAUUCAUAUACCGAAAGCAUAAAAAAUUUCCGAAAAUUGAGUCGUGAAAAAACAACAUGAAAGACAAAGAGCAUAUGCGCAUGCUAUGAAUGUCUCAAAUAGAAACCGAGACACUCUACUUCUCUCUGUGUGUCUCGCAAGAACGAAGACUCUGUCGUUUUUCAUGUUGAUUUUUCACGACACAAUUUUCGAACAGUGUUCUCUAGCGAAUAUUAAGAUCUGUUUAUAUCGUGGACAUGAGUGCGAGCUAUAUAGAGAUAGAAUGCGUGAGGGAGAAAAUGAUAUAGAAAUAGAAAGAGAACGCUGCAUAGAGACUCUUUGUGUCUUUGUCUAAUAACUAAUAACACAUGACAUGAUUCAUACAAUACAAAUAUAUAAGUGGGCGAUAAUAUAUAUAUAGGUGUACAAGAGCAGUCUCUGUGUAUCUUCCUAUUCUUAUAUCGCAUCUACUUAAAUACAUGGUAACAUGACUAUCUUUGUUGCAUCUCUAUGGUGAUUUUAUUCCCUUUUGCUUUAUUUCCUUUCUGCUUAUACACAUGUAUAUACAUAUAGCUUCGUACGUGUUUCGUGUGGUAGAGGGUGUGUUCUCAUUUUAAGAAUAAAAUUCUUGUACUAGCCGUAUAGCGGUGUUACCGGUUUAACAACCACCUGUGAGGGUUAAAUCAUAGAACGCUUUUUAUUUUUUUUUUAUAACUUUUACACACAUCUAGUCGGUCUGUCAUUCUCAAAUUUUUUACUUUAGUCACAUGCCUCACUGCUCCAGUCAUUUUACUUCGAUCCUCGCUCAAUCAGCUGCGAAUGCAAAAAAAGCUAGAAACGCAAAAAAGAACCAAGCGUGCGCAUCCGCAUUCGCUCAUCACUUAUCAAUCAGAGUCAUGGAAAAAGUAGGGAGAGAAAAGAGAAGCGGGUAGAAAUAGAGAAAAAAGUAUGUAUACAUACGAUUGUGAUUUGCGAUUAUGAAAAAAAAUUAUGAUAAAGAUGCCUCCCGUGUUCGCUGUGCCGGAUUGCAAAAGUGGCUCUUACUGCCGCAAAAAGUAUUCGUUAUUUAAAACACCCAAAAAUCUGGAAUUAAGAAAGAAAUGGGAGAAGGCCAUUCCUAGCGUAAUAGAACUAAAACAACGGCAACUGAUAUGUGAAAAAUAUUUUAAAGAUGAAUAUAUAAUAAAAAAGUUCGUUCAAAGAGAUUAUUGUGGCAACAUCAUUUCUGAGAAAUAUUUUUAUUUAAUUACUGAGCGACACUUAAAAUAUUAUAUUGUAUAAUUGAUAUUAAAGAUAAUGGGCCGACCUUAUUUACAGAAGGGCACGGUUCCAACAAUUUUCAGUAAUUUAAAUGCAUCUUCAAUUAUUGAAGAAAAAGGACAUAAAUUACUUUCGAGUUCAAGUAUAAAUGCUAUUGAAGAAGAACUAUAUCCCAAAGUUAGUAAUGAAAUUGUAGUAAAUAGCGAUACUGAUUUAAUGAAAAUCAUUAGCAAGGAUGAUUCAGAAAUGUUAGUUGAUAAAAAAUAUGUGAAUGAUGAAUUCACACACGAUAAGAACAGCUUAAUUCUAAUUAUAAAUUCUAAUGAUGGACAUUUCAUAGAACAUAAUUAUGCAUUAAAUAAUUUUUCAAAAACAGUUGAUAAUGCUUGCACAGGUAAGAUAGAGGUUGGGGUUGAGAGGGAUUAAGAGAUGUAUUUGAUACAUAUAUAGCAAAAUUAUUUAUACUACAAGAACAAUGUUAAAACAUAAUUGUAUAUUUUACUUAAACACUUGUAUAUUUUUUUACAUAUCAUAAAUUGUAACUAUAAGAUUUAAUCAUAUCAAAUAGAAUAUGUCAUUUACAGUUACCGCAACAUAAAAGUAAAAAAAAUGUGUAACAGAGCUAUAUUCUAUUAUCGUUGUUUUUUAUUUCCAGAUUCGUUCUUGUUAUCUGCUAAUUGUCACAAUAGAUCUAUUGCAAACACAAAUGCCUUAACUGAUUCUUCGAAUGUUUCUAUAGAAUAUGCUAGUGAAGUUGCUAUCGAUAAUACUAAAACGAAAGUACCAAAAGGUUGGGAUGUUACUGAGAAAGUUAAAAGAUUUACAAGAUAUUUAUUAUUUACACAUACGAUUACAGAAAUGAAAAAUAACGUUGACGUUCAAGUGCUAGAAAAAUACAUAAUUCUGAAUUGCUCUGAUGGAAACGCGUGUUUCUUCGUACGCGAGAAAGAAAUUAAUAAUGAAAAUAUACCGCAGUUUAGUUUAAAAAUUAUUAAUACGAGAAUGUUAGUAGAUGCAAUGACAAAGUUUGAGAAAAUGCAUAUGCGAAGGAAUGGGUUCGAUGGAUUCAAAUUUACUUUGACAAAAUGAUUCGUGUGAAAACAUAUUGAACCGCUGGCAUCAUAAUAAAUUAUUUUAUUAACAAAAUACAAAAAAUGUGAUUUUUGCAAGAAAUUAAAAAGAAUAAUUAUGCAAAGACGUAUAGAUCAUUGAAAACAGGUAUUACGUAAUCUUCAUUGAAAUGGUUAAAUAAUCGGAAGUAAGGCGAAAUAGAUAACAAAAUAAAAGAUGAUGAAUUUUUAACUUGGACAUUUCUAACUUGUUCACAAUUUAUGACUUUCUCUCAAGUUUAUAUUAAAUCUGUACAUCUAAUUUAGAGGUAAAUAUCUACUCACAUGUAUAUGAAACUUGAAAAUAAUUUCCUAGUAUAAUUAUAAUUAUAAUUAAUAAACGUUUCGAUUUAGUGGAAUGUAGGUAAAAGCCUAUUGAAGAAGAAAUAUAUGUUCUUAUUAGAAAGUUAUAGUUCACUCAUACCAGUAAAAAAUAAUAUUUAACCUUGUAAUUUACAGAAAUUUGUCAGUAUUAUACGCCAAGCUGCCGGUUACGAUGAUUACCAUUGUUGCACAGACUUAUCAUUGUUUCGUCAGUUUAUCAUAUCUUGGAACCUAAGCAACAAUUAUAUGAAGAAUGAAGAAGAAACACCAAAAAUCCUGAUAACUACUAGUCUUGAAAAGUUUACAUGACUUCUUACUCAGCAAAAUUAUUAUUAAAAAAGAAAAAUUCGAUGUACACAGUUAUAAGUUAUCAUAUCAGAUCAUGCUUAUUUUAAAAUAGAGAUUGUUGAUUGUAUAAUUUAUUGUACAACAGGUUUUUUAUUCUACAUAUCUUUUUUCACAAUUGCAUAGAUAAUAUUUUAUUAAAGGUAAGAAAGAUUUAUUUUAUAACAGAAAUUUUUCUUAUAUCAUUAAUUAAACAGCCAUUGUAAUGCGAUAUUCAAUAAAAUAUAUGAUAAAUAAAUGGAAAAA